AUGUCAGUGCUAGCUGAACCCAUUCCCGUUACAUCUCCCAUGAUCCUCGAUCGAGUUGAUGUCGAGGACCAUGGUAAAUCAGCAGUGACCCUCCCGACUCUCCACCACCUGCAGCGGCCAUCCACUCAGCCCCGUACCAAUAACAACAAUGCCCAAGCCCAAGGACCGCUACCACAGAUGCCCGAUGCAGACUUUCGAUGUGGGAUCUGCAACAAAACAUAUAGUCGAAGAGAUCUGCGGGACCGACACCGCCGCCGCUGCAUCAAGACAGUCGGCCAGGAACGGGUCUCCAAGCGCAAGUCGUGCGAAACAUGUGCGCAGAAGAAACUGCGCUGUUCCAUGACCCGACCGGCUUGCAGUCGCUGUGUCCAGUCGCGCACGCGGUGUAACUAUCCGCCAACCUCGGUGCCUGCCAAUCCCGCGGCGGCUGCGAUCGCGGCGGCGCAGAGGAAUUCCGAUGCUUGCAAAGCUGGGUCCUCGGCGUAUUCGUCGUCAUCGUCGGCUUCUCCCAGGAGUGGCAGUGGCAGUGGCAGUGGCAGUAGCCACGGUUCGAUGGCAGGUCUCGACUCGGGUGUCCCUGGUUCACUGGCCGCGAUGCUCGGAGACAUACGGACCUGUGUCGGUGAUGCCGCUACUCGCUCAGAUGAGCAGGGUCAUUCAAAAGCCUCCAAACCCAAAGAGGCCUCGUCCUCCGGUUUGGAUCCGCUCUCCACCUCGUGGAGCCCCAUCCCGAGCUCAAAUACCAUAGACCUUAUGCUGCGCCCUUUGACCGACAACUCCCUGUUUCCAGCCCAUGAUCUCCCGUCGGUCGGCUCCUUACCCUGGAAUGACGAUCUCACGUCGCUGUCGGAGCAUAUCUCCUCGGGGAAUUCCUUUCCGGAAGGGCUCGGGGAUCACGCUGGGGAGCCGCCACUCUUCAUGUCCCUGCAAGACAUUGUGAAGAACCCCCUGAGCACAAUUGAGCCGACGAGUGGAGAUUCAUAUCCAAUCGACCGCGACCUAUCACUUCCCUCUCAUUCCUCCCUCUCCUCUCUCUCUCCGGACAGCUGGGAAAGCACGGAGGAGGACUUGCAUCGGGGCCUACGCGCCGACCCCUCCACCCGCCUCAUCUUUGGCCACGACUUCCUCCCCGACAGUCCCGACGACGACUACCAGGAAAUGCUCCGGACAAUGCGCGGAUUCCCUGCUCUGACUCUGGAACGCGACUUCUGGUCACCGUUUGUGCAUCACCGGCUGUACCGGUGCUCUCUGGGCGGCAUGGCCGAGCCGCUCGGCAUCGCGCUGGCUUGCGUGUCGGCGCACGCGAGCUCGGUCGGCUCGAACUACGGGUUCGUCGACCGCAUGAUCAACCAGGAGCGCGAGAGGCUGGUGCGCAAUUUCCACGAGUCCUCGGACGCGCCGGAAACGUGUCUUGCCGCGCUGCAUGCCGUCUGCAUCUACCAGAUCCUGGGGCUGUUCGGGGACACCUUCCCACCAGCGGCGCUGGAACCACACAGUCCGAAGGAGGCCCACGAGCGACAGCGCGAGGAGUCGGAGAAAGCUGCGGAGCUGCACAUCUCGUUCCUGCUCAAGAUGGCGCGUCACCUGUACAAACUUCAUCAAGACACCCUUCUCCUCCCCCAUGAACAGGAAACCGACUGGAACCGCUGGAAACUCAGCGAGUCGCUGCGCCGCAACAUUUUCCUGGUCCACAUGAUCAACAUCCUCAGUGCGCGCGCCCACAAGCUCAACGAGGCCUACUUUGAGCCCCUCGGCGACGCGAUGGUCUUGCAGCUGCCUCUCCCGGCGCCGGAGUGUAUGUGGCGCGCCUGCAGCGAGGAGGAGUGGUUGCUGGCACGGGAGCAUUCUCUGCAGCCUUUUUUGACGAUGGAGGCUGAGAAGAAGCCACUACCUCUGGGGCUGACGGUCAGCCGGCUAUUAGAGAUUGACCGGACGGGGCCGUUGGAUGUAUCGGCCUUGUUGCCGGUAACCAGGAUGGUCCUGGCAUGCUCAAAGAUGGCGCCGGGAGGGAUGCAGGAUGCGUAG